AUGGCCGACCCCCAACAGCUCACGGAGCAGCCUCCUCGUUCUCUCGAACCAACUACGAACGGUGACGCCGAUGCAGUGAAACCACCAUCACUGCGAUCCCCUCCCACCACAGCUGCACCUACCAUGUCGGCAACAUCCUCUCCUUUGGGCAACAUCAAUGCUGCCAGAAGGCCAGGUGUUGGUCCACCGCGAGCCAGUAACCUGACCAGUGAUAUCCAGAAAAGGAUGAAAGAGAUGAUGUUGUCCCGGCAAGGUGCAGCUCAGAGUCCACGUCCUGGUCCACCAGCCUCGCAGCCUCCAUCUACCACAAACGUACAAACCACAGGGCUUCCUGGGGGUGUUCCUGCCAGUGUUCUCGAUGGCCGCGCUCCUCCAAUAGCAGCUCCUACCCCCAGCAGUCCACGACCUUUAAAUCCACGGGGCCCUAUGGGUGGUUUGGCCGCAAAGAGAAUGGGCAAACCAGGAGGAGGUCUAAAACUUUCUGAUGCCGUCAAACCCCCGGCCGAAGGUGAAACUCCUACCACCACUGAUACUGGCUCUCAGUUCAACAAGUUUGCAAAUAUUGUCGACGCUCAGAAAGGCACCCUCACUUUCAAGGACAAAGCUGUUGUGCAUGGAGGUGGUAUCGACUUCUCGAACGGAACCACCUUUUCCAUAUCGUUAGACGAAGUCGAUACCAUUGAAGAGCUGGGAAAAGGCAAUUAUGGUACUGUCUUUAAAGUAAGGCAUGCUCGUCCCAAGAUGAGGAAACCUGGUCAAGGGCUCCGAGGCAACAUGCAGCGCCAUAUUUCAACAUCCAGUCUAGACGAGUCAAAGUCGACCGCCGGUACUUCUGGCUUGAUCAUGGCCAUGAAGGAGAUCCGUCUCGAGCUGGACGACUCCAAAUUUGCUCAGAUCGUUAUGGAACUUGACAUACUGCAUCGCUGCGUGUCACCAUUUAUCAUCGACUUCUACGGUGCCUUCUUCCAGGAAGGUUCGGUCUAUAUAUGUUUGGAAAAUAUGGAUGGUGGUUCGAUAGACAAAAUCUACGGCGAUGGCGUCCCCGAAGGAGUAUUGAGGAAAAUUACCCUGUCGACAGUCAUGGGUCUGAAAUAUCUGAAAGACACCCACAAUAUUAUACACAGAGAUGUCAAGCCAACAAAUAUACUGGUCAACACAAAGGGCCAGGUCAAGAUCUGCGAUUUCGGAGUCAGUGGUAACCUGGUGGCCUCGAUGGCAAGGACCAACAUUGGUUGUCAAAGCUACAUGGCUCCAGAAAGGAUAUCUGGAGGUGGCAUGGCUGCUGCAGGCGCCGUGGCCACCGGUUCAUACAGCGUACAGUCGGACAUAUGGUCGCUUGGUCUUACCAUCAUCGAAUGCGCUCUUGGCAGAUACCCAUACCCUCCAGAAACAUACAACAAUAUUUUCAGUCAAUUAAGCGCAAUUGUGGAUGGAGAACCACCAGACCUUCCCAGCGACAAGUAUUCAGAAGCAGCGAGAGACUUUGUCAGAGGCUGUCUCAACAAGGUGCCCAGACUCCGACCGACCUAUGCUAUGCUCCUUCGACAUGCUUGGCUGGCACCAUUGAUGAAAGUCCCAACUAUCUCUGAGGAUGAGGAAGCUGAAAAAGCCGCCGAAGCUGGAGGCGAUGCCGGCGCCGAGAUAGAAUCUCUGCCCACUACCGCAGACAAAGAAGUUGCUGACUGGGUCAAAGAAGCACUAGAAAGAAAACGCGCAGGCAAAAUGGUUGUCAGCGAAAAGCCGGCUUUACAUGCAGCACCUCUCGACGCGGUACCAGGAAGCCCUCUUACAGAUGAUGUAUCCACAGAACAGCCCUUACAGCCUAAUCCCGGUGUGAGGGUUGAGAGCCCUGAGCUGACCAAUGCUAAGAUUCACAGCCUAGAUUUUGCGUCUGGCGUGAACGGGGAUUCUGAUAAAUAG